AUGGCGUUGAUUCCGGCCUUGGUGCUGGUCGGCACGCUCAUCUUCGUGCUUCUUUUCGCCGUGUUCUGCUACCGCUCGGACAACGGCGCGCGACCCGUACCCCAGUCCUACGCGGUGGUGCCAGACCACGUGAUGAGGCACGCCACCAUCGAGAGGUUCUUCGCGGAGAUGGCCAACGAGAAGCCCAUCCGGUUCACGCCGGGCCAGCUCCAAGGCUACACCAGCAACUACUCGUCCCGUCUUGGCGCCGGCGGGUUCGGCACGGUCUACAAGGGCGCGCUCCCCAACGGCCUCGCCGUCGCGGUCAAGGUGCUCCACGGCGACCACAACCAGCGGUCCGAGGAGCACUUCAUGGCGGAGAUGGGCACCAUCGGGAGGACGCACCACAUCAACCUCGUCAGGCUGUUCGGUUUCUGCUUCGACGCCUCCGUGCGCGCGCUGGUGUACGAGUUCAUGCAGCACGGCGCGCUCGACGCCUACCUCUUCAACCGCGCCGCCGGCGUGGGCUUGGCCACGGUGGCCGCGAUCACCACCGGCGUGGCACGGGGUCUGAGGUACCUCCACGAGGAGUGCCAUCAGAAGAUCAUCCACUACGACAUCAAGGGUGGUAACGUCCUCCUCGACAGAACCCUCACGCCCAAGGUGGCUGACUUCGGGCUCGCGCGACUGGUGGACCGGGCAGACACGCACGUCUCCAUGUCCGGCGUGCGCGGUACACCCGGCUAUGCGGCGCCGGAGCUGUGGAUGGGUUCUGGUGUGACGGAGAAGUGCGACGUCUACAGCUUCGGCAUGUUGCUGUUCGAGGCCGUCGGCAACAAAAGAAAUCAUGAAGUUCACUGCCGCCUGAGCCCGCUCCCACCAGCGCGCCGCCGCCUCGGGCCUCCUUCCUCCUCCGGCCAAGCUCGCCGCCGCCCCGGGCCUCCUUCCUCCACCGGCCAAGCUCGUCGCCGCCCCCGGUCCUCCUUCCUCCUCCGGCCAAGCUCGCCGCCGCCCCGGGCCUCCUUCCUCCUCCGGCCAAGCGCGCCGCCGCCCCCGCUCCUGCUUCUUCCUUCGGCCAAGCGGCGCGCCAUCACCGCCGGCGCGCCUUACGUCAUGCGCGGCUGUGGCCCCUACCGCACCCCCACCGCUACCCUGUCCACGGAUCCCCGCGGUGCGACGUCGAGGUCAUGGAGGUCACCACCUCCCGCGGCCAUGGCGAACACCUCCGCCGCUGGUCUAGCUCUAGCGCCGCCCCCCUCACCUGCCCUCCCCCUCCAGCAACUCUACUAG